CCCCCUGCCUCGGCCAAUGGGGAAGAAGCUAUUCGGCGCCCUUUCCACAGGUUGCGCGUUCUCCCUGCCGCCAGGGCUUAGGGAGCGGGUCCUGGUGGCAGAGAAGGCGGGAGAGGCGAGAGUGGGCUUGCGGAUAGUCUCAACUAAAAUAUCAAUAUAGCGGGUGGAGGAAACUAAAAGUUAGAUUAGGAAUCAAGAAACGAAAGGAGGAAGGAAAAGGCAGUAUGGGACAGACGGAAAAGUUAGUAAACGGAAGAUGUGCUUCACGAACGAUCAGGCGCUGCUCCCGUCGCCUAAGAAAGAGAAAAUUCAUCUGGAACAGAGGACCAGAGACUUGAGUUGUCAUAAAGUGAGUGACUCCUGGCUUUUCCUUCUCUAUUAACCAGAGGCACAAAGAAAGUGUAGCUUCUGAGCUAAAUGAUGGCAACGUUGCGGAGUAAAGAAGAACAUGGGAAGGGGUCAAAGAAAACCUUCGCCCCACCUGUACAAAAAAUGCAUAGCCUGAUGUGCUAUAGCCCUAACUCACCCAAGGAGGAGACCCUGGGGAUCAGUUCCUCAAAGGACAGGUUAGAGAAGAAGGAGGAGAAAGCAACCACAGAAAAUGGUCCAAGCAGUGGCCAGGAGAAAAAAGGAAAGGCUCAAGACAAGCAAGCAGAGAAGAAAGAAAAGGAAAAAUUAAGUCUCACCAAUGCAGAAUUUGAGGAGAUUGUCCAGAUUGUGCUACGGAAGUCCCUCCAGGAGUGUUUGGAGACUUCCUGUGCCCAGCCCAUAAGACGUGCCCAAUUAGACAAGGAACCAGGAAUUGCUUCUUCUACUGAUAAUGAUAAUGCUGAUGGAGAGAAGGUAAUGGUACCUCAUAUUCUAGAGAUUUCAGCCACUAAGGAAGCUGGAGUAACCUCUGUGAUAGAGACACCUAAGCCAGGCCAGCCAGAUCCUCCACCUUCUGAGAAGAAAUUCAAUAGAUUCUCCUUAAGCAAAGGAAAGAAAGGAGCCCAAGAUGAGAAAAUGGAGAAAGCCCAAAGUGGACGUGAGCCCAGACAGAAAGCUCAACUGAAAAAAACAGUUCAAAAUCAUUCUCAGAUCAGAAACCAACAAAAAGGAGAAGUCAGUGGUUUUGGUCAGUGUCUCGUCUGGGUCCAGUGUUCCUCCCCAAACUGUGAGAAGUGGAGGCGGCUUUGUGGGAACAUUGACCCCUCAGUGCUUCCAGAUAAUUGGUCCUGUGAUCAGAAUACAGACUUGAAGUAUAAUCGCUGUGACAUCCCUGAGGAGUCCUGGAUAGGGCAUGAGAGUGAUGUGGCCUAUGCCUCCUACAUUCCAGGAUCUAUCAUCUGGGCCAAGCAAUAUGGUUAUCCUUGGUGGCCAGGCAUGGUAGAAUCUGAUCCUGACCUGGGGGAAUAUUUUCUUUUUGCAUCUCAUCUUGAUUCCCUGCCGUCUAAGUACCAUGUGACAUUUUUUGGAGAGACAGUUUCUCGUGCUUGGAUCCCAGUUAACAUGCUGAAGAACUUCCAGGAGCUGUCCCUGGAGCUAGCUGGAGUGAAAAAGUGCAGGAACAAGGAUUGCAGUCAGAAACUGGGAGUGGCCCUGAUGAUGGCUCAGGAGGCAGAACAGAUCAGUAUUCAGGAACGGGUUAACUUGUUUGGUUUCCGGAGCCGAUACAAUGGAUCUGACAAUAGUCGGGAAGGAAAAGACAUAACGCUUACUGGGGCUAACAGCCCAGAUUCCCGCGUGGAGAAAGAAGGGGAAGAGGCCGUGUUGGAGGAGGUAGAGGAGGAGGAAGAAGAGGAAAAAGACUCAACUUUGCCCAGUCCCAAGCCAGCCAAAAUUCAGACAAAAAAACCCAAGGCAAGAGGCAUAACAGAUGGACGAGAUGGGAUCCUGCAAAGGAAGACAACAAAGAGAUCUCUGGGAAAUGAAUCUGCAACGCCUGUACGCAUAAUGGGAAGGAAAGAAGGACACAGGAAUUCAGAGCCUGACCAGCCAGGCCCUAAGAAAAAAUUUAAAGCUCCCCAAAGCAAAGCUGCAGAAACCAACUUCCCUGAGGACAAAGAAGCUAGGAUGGAGCCAAAGGGCCCGACCCCACCAGCUCAUCUUGGGGCUUGUCCCAUGGUGGGGAAAGAAGGCUCAAAGUGUCCUCAGGAGGCUGGAAGCGUCCUCCAUGACGAUGAAACCUCCAGUGACCUGGACCUGGAGCAACUCCUGGAAGAUGUUGGAGAAGAGCCGGAGCAGCUGGAGGAGCCACAGUGUGGAGAUGACCCUGGGGAGUUCACCACGACCUUCUUUGAGGAAUAGCUGUGUGCUCCUGCCUCACCCGCUUCCACAGGAGCAGCAGAGAGAGCCCCUCAGAGGGUCCCUGAGAAGCUACUAAGUGUGGGGUUUGUUCCUCAGCUACAGGUCAAUUGGCUAAAGUCACGGCUCUGCAGUUUAUGUGUUAAUAAAACAGGUUACCGGCUUAA